ACACGUGAAGUAUCUAGUUUUUACGGCACACGUCACUUCCAUCAAAGUACAUCGCAGAAGUUACACUUGACAACGUGCUCCCGACUUUGUACUUCACCAACAUGGACGGCAAUAGCAAGACACUAAAAUAUUCAGAGGGAGCGACCGAAGCUUCGGAAGCAAGUGUAGCGGUCUCUCUGGCUUCAUGUUUGGGACGUGUUGGAUGGUGUGUCCCGCUCAGCUAUCGCAUUGAACUGCUUCAACUCUUCAAGCUAGCCGGGCCAGUGGUCAUUUCCCAGUUGAUGGUGUUUAUGAUCAGCGUCGUCAGCACGGUGUUCUGUGGCCACCUGGGGAAAACAGAACUUGCAGCAGUGUCAUUAUCAAUAGCGGUGGUUAAUGUCACAGGCAUUUCCAUUGGCACUGGUUUGUCCAUGACUUGCGAUACCCUCAUAUCUCAGACAUAUGGGAGCGGUAACCUGAAGCGCGUGGGAGUGAUUCUCCAGAGGGGAAUUCUAAUUCUGCUGCUGGCUUGCUUCCCAUGCUGGGCUGUCCUCAUACAAACUGAACCUCUUCUACUGGCUGUCAAACAGAGCCACAAUGUUGCCAGACUGUCACAACUUUACGUGAAGAUCACCAUGCCUGCUUUGCCGGCGGCAUUUAUGUACCAGCUACAAGGGAGAUAUCUUCAAAAUCAGGGAAUAAUUUGGCCUCAGGUCAUAACGGGUGUAAUUGGAAACAUCCUAAAUGCAGUCAUCAACUACAUCUUCCUCUAUCCACUCAAUUUGGGAGUUGCUGGAUCCGCAGCAGCCAACGCGAUCUCACAGUACAUGUUGGCCGUGGUCUUAUUUGUUUACAUUUGCUGGAGAGGUUUGCACAAAGCGACAUGGGAAGGUUGGUCACUGGACUGUCUUCAAGAGUGGGGGCCCUUUGUCAAACUGGCCAUACCGAGCAUGCUCAUGCUUUGUCUUGAGUGGUGGAUGUUUGAAGUGGGAGGGAUCCUUGCUGGCUUAAUUAGUGAGGCAGAGCUAGGAGCUCAAGCUAUAAUAUAUCAGCUGGAAACUGUAGCUUUUAUGUUCCCACUUGGAUUUUCUGCUGCUGCCAGUGUACGAGUGGGGAAUGCUCUUGGUGCAGGAAACAUUGAGCAGGCCCAGCUGUCUUGCAAAGUUCCUAUCAUCUGUGCAUUCAUAAUGGCCUGUUUCGUGGGAGCUAGUCUCAGCCUUUGCAGGAAUGUCAUUGGAUACAUUUUCACCACAGAAGAAGAAAUUUUGAAGAGGGUUGCUGAUGUAGUGAUGAUUCUCAGCUUCAUGCAUCUCGCUGAUGCUGUUGCGGGAGUGAGUGGAGGUGCCAUUCGAGGAGCGGGGAAACAAAAGAUUGGCGCUGCAUGUAAUCUGGUGGGAUACUACAUCAUUGGCCUUCCCAUCGGUGUGUCCUUGAUGUUUGCAGCAGGAAUGGGCAUCAUAGGAUUUUGGACAGGACUUACUGUUUGUGUGUUGAUGCAGUCUAUUUUCUUCAUCAUAUUUUUGUAUAAGCUUGAUUGGAAGAAGGUUGCUGAAGAGGCACUCUUGAGAGCUGGAGUCCAGGUCAAGGUUGAUCAGGACAUGUCCCCAAUGAAAGAUUUAGACUCGAACCCCGAACUGGGUAAGGCUAAUGACACGGCAUUCAGUUGUGAGAGCGCUGAAGAGGACCACAACCCCCAAGAGUUUCCUGACCAACAUAAAUUUGGAAUCACCAUAGUUGGAGAUGUUCUCUCACUACCACAGCUGCUGUUACGCCGUGGCUUGACUUUAUUUUUAAUGGUUGUCAUCCUUGUGGUCGGAAUCUUAGCCAAUCAAUUUUUCACUGAAAGGCUGAAAUGAUUCUUUGCCUGGUUUGAUUGCUCAAUCAUCUCCUAAAGCAGUGGUUCUCAACUGCUUUGAUUGGGGACCAGAGGUGGGUAGAGUAGCCAGAAAUUGUACUCAAGUAAGAGUACUGUUACUUUAGAGAUUUAUUACUCAAGUAGAAGUAAGGAGUAGUCACCCAAAUAUUUAAUUGAGUAAAAGUAAAAAGUAUGUUGUGAAAAAACUACUCAAGUACUGAGUAACUGAUGAGUAACCUGUUCGUUUAAUGAUGACGAACAGGUAAUGCACAAAAACAUAAAAAUAGCAAUGAGCAAAUUCAGAGCCAGGAAUAUCUCUUAAGCAACUAAAACAAUAAUAUAUAUUAAAUAAUAAUUUAUUAACAUGAAAAAAUUAAGGCAAAUUGAGCCACAAUAACUUAACAGCACCAUAGGCUCUGUAGGCAGAGAUUACAAAGGAAAAUAACAAGUUAGCCUUUACGCAAACCAUAAACUGGUUACGCUGCACGUUGGGCUGCACGUGGCUUUGGAGCAAUCAAAGCUGCUCACACAGUCACUAAGGUGGGCAAAUUGUUUGACAUGUCAACUUAAUGUGUAUUAUAUUUAUCCAUGAGAGCAUUUUCGUUGUAAAUUGUGAGGUGUGUCAGUUAAAAUCAAGGUUGUUUUUACAAAUGAUGACAAAUGUGAACAAGAGCAUGUAUUGUCUUUGUGUGAUGAUGUAAAUGAGGUGUGGUUGUAUUGUAUAUUAAGUAUGUGUCCAUUAAAGGGCAUUUUAUGACUUUUUUCUUAAUACUUGUGUAUGAUUUUAUUGUCAUAGAUUUAUUGCAUGAUUUUUGUAUCCCUUUAAUUUAGGUAGCCAGGGACUGCAGAUGGAAAUUACCAUAUUUAGCUAAAUCUGGUACAGAACAUAUCUGUCUUUGAGCUUAAUGUUUCUGUGCAUUGUUCCUUCAAAUAAAGA